AUGCCUCGAACUUCCACCAAGCCACCUCCACCUCCACCAACUGUCCAGACUAGGAGCCAAACACGCAAGCAGCAGCAACUUCAGGUCGGACACAACGCUGUCGUCUCCCCUUCUGCCACUGGGAAAGGCACCCAUGUCCGAUGGAAAUAUACUGCGAGUGGCCGCACGCCGUCGCCUGUUCCAUCCGAGGUCACUCCCCCACGCAAGCAGCGUCCUGUCAAGCUCUCGUCGCGUUCGUCAACAGGCUCGCUCGACGAUUCCCUCUUUGAGGGGCCCCUCACGCCGCUAUCCUCCUCUUCAUUCUCCUCUGUCGAGUACCGACGCUCCGAAUCCCCGGUCGAGGAUGUCCCAAUCACUCCCGAGACGAGCCCAGAGAAGAAGCCCUUCCCACCCGUCGCUUUGUACACCCCACCAUCGACCCCACCUCGUUCCAAAACCAAACCUCUUGUGCGGAGUCCCCUUCAGAGGUGGACAAUCGAAGGGACAUCCCGACGGCUCGUGUUCAUCCCAGACGACGAGUACCUGUCAGAAGAAGCUAUCGUUAGACGGUUGGCCGAAGAUAAGCAAGCCCAGCAAGAGAUCUUCGAACGAGAGCUUCAGCGUUUGAUGCAGCACAAGAAGCGGGUUGACAACGCGUUGAAGUGGGCAGAACAGUCAGCAGAGGAGGCGGAGAGCGGAGAGGGAUACACAACGGAUGGUUCAGAGGAGAGUUCUGCUGUUACUGAGUCGAUCUCGGGCAGCAGUAAGCCAAGUUCGCGGAGAGGAGGAGCAGGUGGUCUCGUUCGAGGAGAUACAGAGAUCAUUGAAAGCCAGCCGACUAUCCGGGAACUUAGUCCACUGACCCAGUAUCCCAGCGAAUGGCUUGUAGAGCAGAGCAAUCCACUUCGACGCCGACCAACCGAUUUGAUCAGUGAAACCUCAGGAAGUCCCUGA